UUGUAUUGUAUAAUUUGAUGUCUACAUUUGGGACAUUAUUUCGUGUUACAACAUAUGGAGAAUCUCAUGGUCAAUCAGUAGGAUGUAUUGUAGAUGGUGUACCACCAGGUUUAUUUUUGAGUGAAGAAGAUAUUCAAAUUCAAUUACGACGUCGCCGUCCAGGUCAGAAUACACUUACGACACAGCGUAAUGAACAAGAUUUAGUGCAUCUUCAUUCGGGAAUUGAAGAUGGAAUUACAUUAGGAACACCAAUUGGAAUGAUUAUUUAUAAUGAAGAUUGUCAGCCUAGUGAUUACGAAGAGAUAAAAAGAUUUCCUCGACCUAGCCAUGCAGAUCUAACAUAUUUACAAAAAUAUGGUAUAAAAUCAAGUACUGGAGGAGGUAGAAGUAGUUCACGAGAAACAAUAGGUAGAGUUGCAGCAGGAGCAAUUGCAGAAAAAUAUCUUUCUGAAACAUAUAAAAUUGAAAUUGUAGCAUUUGUUUCAUCUAUAGGAAAAAUUCAGAUGGAAUGGGACAUGAAUCAAGAGGAUAAUGAAGAUGAUAUAGAGUCGCCUAUUUCACAAGCAUAUUUAUCAUUUUUAUCAACAGUUACAAGAGAACAAGUAGAUGCAUCACUAGUUCGAUGCCCAAAUAUGGUAACGAGUGCAGCAAUGAUAGCACGUAUUGAACGUGCAAAAGAAAAUCAAGAUUCUAUCGGUGGAACAAUUACAUGUGUUAUUCGAAAUUUACCAGCAGGAUUGGGAGAACCUUGUUUUGAUAAAUUAGAAGCUAAAUUAGCACAUGCAAUGCUUUCGAUUCCAUCUACAAAGGGAUUUGAAGUGGGAUCAGGAUUUAAAGGAACACAAGUGCCAGGUUCUAAACAUAAUGAUCCUUAUAUUAUGGACACAAACAAUAAAUUAAGAACAGUGACAAAUAAUUCAGGAGGGAUUCAGGGUGGAAUUUCAAACGGAGAAAACGUCUUUUUUAAAGUUGCCUUUAAAUCUCCUGCGAGCAUAGGAAAACAACAAUUUACUUCUUCUUAUGAAGGAACAAAUGGUAUGCUUUUUAUUAAAGGACGUCAUGAUCCAAAUGUUGCAUCUCGUGCUGUCCCCAUUGUCGAGUGCAUGGCUGCAUUGGUAAUUAUGGAUGCACUUAUGAUUCAACUAUCUCGACAAACUGCUCGAAGUCUUCUGCCUCCAAUAAAAACAAAAAUAUCAUUUUCCUAAGAUAUCCCGCUAUAUUGAUCCACCAAAUGCGUCAAUACCUA